AUGGGUGGGGAGUCAGUCGCCCAGAGGGCGCCCAAGAGCGACUACCCGCUACGCGCCCCGAAGCCCGUCGGCCAGAUGAUAUCGGGCAUAUACAAAGAGCGCAUUGCCCAGUUCUAUGCCGGCGGACAAUGGGAGCACAACAACCUUCGCGCCAUGAUGAACGAGGGCGUCGUCUCGGGCGAGCCUCACGUCAAGCUCUCCGUCUGGGAUGCCCCAGACCAGACGAGGCCCACUUUUGACGACGCCGUGUCCCACGAGUUCAAGGAAACGUCGGUUGGCUCGUGGUUUGGCCCGUCCUGGACCACCCACUGGUUCAAGGUCGUGCUCAAGGUCCCCGAAGACCUCCUUGACAAGCACCUGCUCGAGCUCCACUGGGAUGGUAACAACGAGGGGCUAGUCUGGACCGAAGACGGCAACCCGCUGCAGGGCCUCACGGGCGGUGGCGAGCGUGUUGAAUGGAUCCUGCCAGAGUCGUUCCGCGACGGGAGGGAACACACAAUCUACAUAGAGAUGGCCUGCAAUGGCAUGUUUGGGAAUGCAGCUGGCGGCGACGCAAUCCAGCCACCCGAUCCCAACAAGUACUUCCAGCUCAGCCGAGCCGAGAUUGUCGCUGUAAACCCCGAUGCCCGCCAGCUCUACAUCGAUAUCUGGAUCAUUGGAGACGCCGCCAGGGAGUUCCCUUCGGACUCGUGGGAGCAACACAAGGCGCUCAACAUCUGCAACAAGAUCAUUGACACAUUUGAGCUGGGAAACAAGGACUCGCUCAAGGCCUGUCGCACGAUUGCUGAAGAUUACCUCGGGCCCAACGUCAACUCGGCCAAGGUCUACGACACGGGUAAGGAGGCAUUGGUGUUUGGAAUUGGCCAUUGCCACAUCGAUAGCUGUUGGCUCUGGCCCUUUGCCGAAACCAAGCGCAAGGUCGCUCGAUCUUGGUCCAACCAAUGCGACCUGAUGGAUCGGUACCCCGAGCUCAACUUUGCUUGUUCCCAAGCUCAGCAGUACAAGUGGCUGAAGCAGUUGUACCCAUACGUCUUUGAGAGGGUCAAGAAGAAGGUCGCCGAAGGUCGCUUUCACCCCAUUGGAGGCAGCUGGGUCGAGCACGACACCAACAUGCCCAGUGGAGAGUCGCUGGUCCGCCAGUUCCUAUAUGGCCAACGCUUCUACGAGGGCAACUUUGGUAAGCGCUGCCAGACCUUUUGGCUGCCUGACACGUUUGGAUACUCCAGCCAGCUACCCCAGCUCUGUCGUUUGUCCGGCAUGACUCGGUUCUUUACCCAGAAACUGAGCUGGAACAACAUCAACAAGUUCCCUCAUACCACCUUCAACUGGAUUUCUCUGGAUGGUAGCCAGGUCAUAUGCCACAUGCCCCCAACAGAGACGUACACUGCUGAUGCUCACUUUGGCGACGUGAAGCGCAGCAUGUCGCAGCACAAGUCUCUGGACCAGGACGCCACGUCGCUUCUCGUCUUUGGCAAGGGUGACGGAGGCGGCGGUCCUACCUGGGAACAUAUCGAAAAGCUUCGUCGCUGCCGCGGCAUCGCCGAUACCGUCGGCCUCCUGCCGCGUGUCCACAUGGGUAACUCGGUCGAUGACUUCUUCGAUGCUCUGGAGCGGAAGGCCAGUUCCUUGACGACAUGGUACGGUGAGCUCUACUUUGAGUUCCACCGUGGGACGUACACGACUCAGGCAAACAACAAGCGCAACAACCGGAAGUCGGAGAUAGUAUUGCGGGAUGUAGAGCUGCUCGCGGCACUCACGUCCCUCAAGAACAAGUCGUACAAGUACCCCAAGAAGGAUAUUGACGACAUGUGGGAGUCGGUUCUCCUUUGCCAGUUUCACGAUUGCCUUCCAGGGAGCUCAAUCGAAAUGUGCUAUGACGAUUCCAACAAGAUCUACGCUGAGCUUUUUGAAACCGCGGGAAGGAUACUUAAAGACAUCUCAAAGGCGCUUGGUGUUUCCGAGGUCAAGUCCACGACUAUCGAUAACGGUAUCGCACUAAACACCUUGCCGUGGCACCGCAAGGCACUUGUUGACAUUUCUGCGAACGAGGCUGCCGUAGCCUGUGGAACCGGUCCGCUUUUAAAUCUGCGAGCGUUUAAAACCUCCGACAAGAGUCCCACGGUUACUCUUCACAAGUCUUCUGAGGGAGUCUUCAUCCUCGAGAAUAAUCAGCUCAAAGUCGAGGUGAAGGCUGGCUGCAUCACGUCGCUGUUUGACAAAUCAACCGAGCGAGAAGUAAUUCCAAAGGGCCAAAAAGCCAACCAAUACGUCAUCUUCGAUGACAAGCCCCUAUACUGGCAGGCCUGGGACGUCGAAGUCUAUCAUCUUGACACCCGCGAGGAGCUGUCAUGUGGCGAGACAAAGGCGCACGAAGAGAAAGACCACCGGGUCAGCGUCGUCACCGAGACCAAGAUCAGCAAUAAGAGCCACAUUGAAACUAUCAUUACCCUGUCUGCCGCCAUUGACGGCGAGCAGUCAUAUGUCGAGAUUACGAGCAAAGUGGUGUGGCAUGAGACCAUGAGGUUCCUCAAGGUUGAGUUCCCCGUCGACGUGCGCAACACCGAGGCCAGCUACGAGACCCAGUUCGGCGUCGUGAAGAGGCCCACCCACUACAACACCAGCUGGGAUAUGGCCAAGUUUGAGGUAUGCUGCCACAAGUUUGCCGACCUCUCAGAGCACGGCUACGGCGUCUCGAUCCUCAACGAUAGCAAGUACGGCUUCGCCACUGUGGGCUCGCUCAUGCGGCUGUCGUUGCUACGCAGCCCCAAGGCCCCCGACGCAAAUGCCGACAUGGGCACCCAUCACAUCCGCUGGGCCAUCCUACCCCACGGUGGUUCCCUCGGCCCCACAACCGUUCGCAAGGCUUACGAGUUUAACAACCCCCUCAAGCUCCUAUCCAUGUCGUCGGACGACAAUAGCAGCGUGGCCCGCUCUAUCCUUACCGCGGCCGAGCCCCCGGUCUAUCUCACCCCCAACUCAGACCAGUCGCUUGUUCUUGACACCAUCAAGCGUGGCGAGGACGACGAGGACAUCUCCCACGGCGACCUGCCUGCAAAGGACGGCCGCAGCGUCGUGCUGCGCAUCUACGAGAGCCUCGGCGGCCGCGGCCGCGGCACCGUCGCCACCACCUGGAACGUCGACAAGGUCACCAAGACCAACUUGCUCGAGGACGACCUCGAGGAGGUGUCCCUCAAGGACGGCAAGUUCGCCAUUGACCUACGACCGUUCGAGGUGGCGACGUACAAGCUGCAUUUAGCGUAG